AUGUCUUCCCUCAGGUCUUGGUUCAGCAUACCCCGCGGCUCGCACUUCUCGCUCGCCAACAUUCCCUUCGGCAUCAUCUCCACUGCCUCAUCAACGACACCCCGUGUUGCAGUAGCAAUUGGAGACCAUGCUCUGGAUCUCGAGGCUUUCGCUGCUAAUAAUGGAUUCUCGGCGCUGUCCACCAUCCAGCCGCACCAAUCUGUCUUUUCCCAGCCUUCUCUGAAUGCCUUCGCUGCCCUUGGUCGGCCUCUCCACUCUGUUGUCCGAAAAUACAUUCAAAGCAUCUUUUUUGAGAAUACGCCAUACCCAGAUGUUCUCAAGACUAACGAAGCCCUCCAAAAUCAAGUGUUGAUUCCUAUUGCGGAGGUGAAGAAUCACAUCCCUUUCAAGAUCGGCGACUAUACCGACUUUUUUGCCGGAUAUCAUCAUGCUUAUCAUUGCGGGGUCAUGUUCCGGGGCCCUGACGAUGCAAUGAACCCAAACUAUAAGCAUCUCCCUGUGGGCUAUCAUGGGCGUGCGUCGUCUGUAGUGGUGUCGGGAACACCAAUCCGUCGCCCUCAUGGCCAAAUUCUCGAUAAUCCAGCAGCCGCGAAGAAAGUUCCCAUCUUCUCGCAGUGCAGGAAAUUGGACUUUGAACUCGAGCUGGGUGCCUUCGUGUGUACGCCAAACGAACAAGGGAAGCCAGUCUCAAUCGAUCAUGCCGAGGAAAAUAUAUUCGGUCUUGUCAUGAUGAACGAUUGGUCCGCGCGCGACGUGCAAUCUUGGGAAUAUAUCCCCUUGGGGCCAUUCAACGCAAAAAACUUUGGCACAAGCAUUAGCCCUUGGGUGGUGCUGAUGGAUGCUCUGGAGCCGUUCAAAGUGAAGGGAAUCGAAAAUGAUUCAGACAUACUUCCAUAUCUCAGACAGAAGGGCGAGGAUACGGUUUAUGAUAUUCAAUUGCAAGUUGAUCUCAAAACAAAUUCUGGAAAUUCUGCCACGAUCACAAAGACAAAUGGCCGCCAUCUUAUCUGGUCUUUCCCUCAGAUGCUUGCACAUCACACUAUCACUGGCUGCAAUCUCCAGUCAGGCGAUUUGCUCGGAUCUGGUACUAUCAGUGGCACAUCUCCAUCCGAGAGGGGUAGCUUGUUGGAACGAAGUGAGAAUGGAAAGCAGGUUCUUCCUAUUGCAAAUGGUGAAGAAAGGACUUUUAUCCAAGACGGGGACGAGAUCACCUUCACAGGAGUCUGCGGGACUGACGAAGAAAGUCUGGUUGGGUUCGGGCAGUGCACUGGCAAGAUUGAGCCUGCUGUCGAUCUUGGGUUUUAG